AUGGUUUGUCUUCAACAAUCUCAACUUACAUCAUAUUCUUCAUUUGAUUUGGUAAAUUUUGUUGAUGGAUGUACUGCUUAUACACAAAAGGUAGAUAUUAAUGAAAUUUCUUUGGAAAAUGGAUUUAUUACUAUCAAGUGGAAGAAUCCUAACCCGUAUUUUAUUAAAAAUAUACAUAAACAUGAGUGGUAUUUAUUAUCUAGGGAUGCAAAGGAAUACAAAAAAAUGAUUGAGUUUGGUUAUGAAUGUAUGCUAUCUAUAGCUUUCAUUGAUCAUGAUGAUAAAUGGUUUGCUCAUGAAGUGUCUCACAUUUCGUAUUGUUAA